UCUUGCCAACAGUUGAAUCUCCCGUGCCUCCCCAUGCUGACCCGCGCUUGAUUCCCAUUGUACACCAAGACACACCAUCAUCUGAACACGCUCUCUCACACUCUCGGUCUUCACAAAUCCCAUUCCUAUAACACCACCUUCCGCAAUCACCCCAAGCCCGAUUCUCUUGUUUGAUCAUUCCUCGACCCAGGCCUCGAUUUGUUAUCUCAGCCCUGACUUUUGCCCUUUCUACCCGCCCCUCAAGAUGAAUCCAGAAUACGAUUACCUUUUCAAGCUCCUGCUUAUCGGAGAUUCAGGCGUUGGAAAGUCCUGCCUGCUUCUGAGAUUCGCCGAUGAUACCUACACCGAGUCCUACAUCUCUACCAUUGGAGUUGAUUUCAAAAUCCGAACGAUCGAACUUGAUGGAAAGACGGUCAAGCUACAAAUCUGGGACACCGCCGGUCAAGAGCGCUUCCGAACAAUCACUUCCUCCUAUUAUCGCGGUGCCCAUGGAAUCUGCGUCGUCUAUGACGUGACAGAUCAGGAUUCAUUCAACAACGUCAAGCAAUGGCUGCAAGAGAUUGACCGAUAUGCCACCGAGGGCGUCAACAAGUUGCUGGUUGGAAACAAGAGUGAUAUGUCAGACAAGAAGGUGGUCGAAUACACUGUGGCAAAGGAAUUCGCAGACAGCCUCGGCAUUCCGUUUCUGGAGACAUCUGCAAAGAACGCCUCGAAUGUUGAACAGGCCUUCUUGACCAUGGCUCGUCAAAUCAAGGAGCGAAUGGGCACCACAACGGUCAACAACAAACCUACCGUCCAAGUUGGUCAGGGCCAAGGUGUCCAGUCAGGCUCAGCCGGAGGCUGUUGUUAGAUGUUUCGUCUAUCCUCUUGACAACCUCACGCCAUUACAUGUACGGAGAAUGAGCAUGAUGCCAGGUCUAUUAGCGUUGCGCGAGGGAGGUGCCCUAGGAUCAACAACUUGGGACCAUUCGCUGGGAUCAAUUCGAGGCCUCGAUGGUCUCAGCGCGGCUUCUACACCCACUAUCCUGCUGGCGUUAGGGCGCAACAUCCGGUCGCAAUUCCUCCAUGUCUAGACUUUUUCCUCUGCUUCCGAUAGCCAUCCAAUCUCCAGGGGUCAUGUCUUGCUUUUCUUUCUGGAUCGGCUGCUGCUGUUGGCAGUGUAAUGAAGACCCACGUGGAUUACAAGAGGCAUUGGCCUGGUUACCGGACUCAAGGACCCAUUAUCGGUGCGCAGGUCUUUUUACAUUCUUCUUGUCUUCUGACGAUCAGGGUAUGCAGCUUUGAAAUUGAUAUGGAAGUUGAAAGCACCUUUCAUUUUGCGCGUCCUGGUACAUUGAUGUUGCUUCUUAUCUUAUUCUUGAGUGGUUGUUGCCAAUGAUGUAUAUGUCACGUGACCCACCUCUUCUUUGACCCAACAUGGCAGGAGGCAGGAGCCCGGAGGCAGCAAGCAGGAGGAAGGCGCCAGUCAAUAGGGCGACAACUGGCAGGAGGGCAGCAUGCAAUCUUCGCGUCAUCCUCUUCUGCAACCUUUGAGAUACAAUGCUUCCAUCCCCUUCCAUCUCAAUUCUCCUUUGCUGAUACUCCUUGAAGACGACAAUGAGAGGCACAAGGCCUAUGUUGUCUCUGAGCAGGAACUGCAGACGCGUGCCUGUGACAGUGAACCAUGUUCGAAUCCUGCUUCAUCUUUUCGCCACUCUUCAGUUCAGACAUCAAGGGAGCAGACUCUCAGAAUGAAAUUAUCUGUGAGCCCAAGGCAAG